AUGUCUUUCUGGUAUGGUACCCCAAGAUGGAUCCCUUCAGGUUUUCAAGUGUCUCCAAAUUUAAUGCAAAACGGACCCAUGUGGCAAAAUCAAGCCACUCAAACCUAUUACAUGUUUGAUAAGGAUCGUAACGGAGUUUUAAAGAAGAAGGAAUUUAAGAAGGCUUUGACUCAUAUGGGUGUUCAUAAGCAUGAGGCUAAACAUCUUUUCAAAAUGAUGGAUCGUGAUAGAAAUGGUGUCAUUACAAUGGAUGAAUUUAUUAAUGCCUACUUGUUCAUCAUGGCAGGUGGUAUGCGUUACAGUGGAACUGGUUACAGUGGUACCUAUUCAAGUCUUGGACAUUCCACAACCACUACCACAACAACUGUCAUGGGUGGACACACUCAACCCAUGUAUCCUCCACAAACUGGUUAUCCACCCCAAACGGGUUACCCACCUCAAACAGGCUACAUGCCACAACAAACUGGAUAUCCUCCUCAAACAGGUUACCCACCUCAAACUGGCUACCCUCCACAACAAACAGGUUACAUGCCACAACCACAACCUUACGGAACUAAUCCUUAUGUUCCUCAAACUUCUACCACUACCACUGGUUACAUGCCACAACAAACAGGUUAUCCUCCUCAAACUGGUUACCCACCACAACAAGGUGGCUAUCCUCCACAACCUUAUCAAUAA